CUCGAGGAGGAACCCAGUCGCUUCGUUUGGGCUCGAUCUUGCACAGGGUCUGUCUCGCUCCCCGCCUCAGUCGACAUGGCACCUCCCACGGCUGCGGGCACCUCGUCCCGUGGCGAAGUGCGAGCAGCGGAUGAGUACCAAGCACCUUCAUUUGGCAGGCCAGAGUACCAGCCCUCGACGUCGCCCUUUUUCAGCGACAAGGAGUCGGCAGAGGCACUCCAAUGGGCUCAGUCGCCCGACGGUGCGCUGCAGUUGGAAGAGGAUGAUGGUGUCCACACUGUUGGCGAGGGAGAUGCACAAUCGAGCUCGGCCGUCGUGGAUGAGCCCCUGUCGCCGACCGAAGAACGCGGCGCCAUCCGCAUCGGUGGCCGGCAACGAAGAGACAGUCAGAUGAGCAGCUACGAUGGCACGGGCAGCGUCUUCGAUGGUCCUUCGGCCGGAGCUGUGCCAUCGUCAAUCACAAGCAUGCACCACAUCACUCGCGACCUUCAGUUGCGGUCCUCUAAUCGGUCUCGAAGGCGUAUCUCCAAGGACAUGUCGGUCGCCGGCUCACAGCGACGCACACGAAAGACGAGUAGCGUCUCGGUCGACUCGGCGGCUGUGCCAAGCGAAACAGCAUCGUCGAGGGGCGAUGGAGGCGAUGCCAGUGCCAUCUUUGCAGUCGAUGACGAUGGCCAAAGUGCGAGGAGCGCGGCGCACAGCAGUUCCAGGCGCAUCGGACGCAGGCAAAAGGUGCCGCAGCGCAACGAAGAGUCGGGCCGAGGCGUCCUCGGUUCCAUCAUGGCCAGCUUCCGAGGAAGGGGCGAUGACGACGAUCACGGCGACGAGUCCCGGCGCCUCAUGUCGAGCUCCUCUUCGAGCCGAAGGCGACCGUCAUUUGGCAGAAGACGCUCGAGUCAAUCCAUUGGCUCGAGACGGAGCUUCGACGCGCGCUCCGAUGAUUACAGGGAUAGCGGCGAAGAAGACGAUGACGACGAUGACGAUGAUGACGACGACGACGAUGACGAUGACGAUGACGACGACGACCUGCAGAGUGCAUCACAGACGAGCAGCGAUGAGGACGCGCAUGAGCGAGGAGGCUUGCUGCCCUCGGCAUUUGGACCGCUGGGCGCGGCCGUCGAUCCGGUCUUUGGAGACUCCAGGGUGGCCACGGAGCGUGAGCCCCAAGAUGAACUCGACCUAGAGCUUGGCGGACAUGAUGCAGAAGAGCAAGCUGGCAGAUCCAACUUGACGCCCUUCCAAAACGGCUCAGACCCCAGCAACCCUGCGUUGGUGUCAUCACAGGACGUCGUCAAUGCGGCAAAGGAAGAGGCUAGCUACACCGAUAAGUCGUCAAAGGGUCGCCAGCAGGUGUACCUUGCUGAUGACGACGCCCUCAUUCGCUUUACCGCAUACGAAACUGUGGCUGUACGCCAAGUGCUCUACGUCGUCAUCUGCUGUCUUACCGUCGGCAUCGUAUAUCUCCUCGGUCGAUGGCUACCCAGGCUCUGGCUCAAGUGGGUCUGUCGUGAGACAGACUUCGAGAAGGCGGAAUUUGUCGUCGUUCAGAACCAGUGGGGUGAUCUUCUAAAGGUCAAGCCGGUCACGGUGCCGUUUGCAAGGCCCCUCGCCACUGUUUUUCCCCUCUCGUCUCGCGACCCUCCAACCAGCCAAAUGGAUUAUCAGCACAUUUCGACGGCCCAAAGUUCAAAUCUGCCUCCAGAGUUGCUAUCCAAGGCAAAGAGGGCUGCAAAGGACGGUCGCAACGGCAAUGGCAUCAGCAAUGGAUCAACGCAUGGAAAGGACACUGUCGAUCUGGCCAUUCUGGCUGGCGUUGAGACGGAGCAGCUGAUGGACCUCACCUACAUCGACUACCGUUACACACGCUUCGCUCUUCAUCCUCCUUCGGGUCGAUGGCGUAUGGUCAAGGACUGGCGCGACCCUAUGUGGACCUCUGUGACCGCAGCAGCGAAGGGCAUCAGCUACGAUGCCGAGAGGGACCGCAAGACCUUGUUUGGGUCCAACGUCAUCGACAUUGAAUCCAAGUCGACCUUUGCUCUCCUCGUCGAUGAGGUCCUCCACCCAUUCUACAUCUUCCAGAUCGCUUCGGUCAUUCUCUGGAGCAUGGACAACUAUUACUAUUAUGCGAUCUGCAUCGUCGCAAUUUCCUGCGCGAGCAUCAUCACGACGCUCAUCGAGACACGCAACACGGUCAGAAGGAUGCGUGAAAUGAGCCGCUUCUCAUGCAAGGUCAAUGUUCUCCGAGAAGGGCGCUGGACAGUCCGCGAAAGCACCGACAUGGUCCCUGGCGACAUAUACGACGUGGCUGAGAACGGACUGCUGUUAUUCCCCGCCGACAGUGUCCUGCUGAACGGCGACGCCAUUGUCAACGAAAGCAUGCUCACUGGCGAGUCGGUUCCCGUCAGCAAGAUUCCCAUUACAGACGCUCAGAUGGCCAUGCUCCACGCUCCGGGAUCCCAAAUCCCAUCGGAUCUUGCCAAGCACUUUCUCUUCAGUGGAACUCGCAUCAUUCGCAUUCGUCCCACCCUCAUGGCCACCAGCGAGGAGAGCACCAACGAAGAUGGCGAAGGCUACCAGGCCGGCGCAAAGGCCAUGGUCGUCCGUACCGGUUUCGACACGACAAAGGGCGCCCUCGUUCGAAGCAUGCUCUUCCCUAAACCGAUGGGCUUCAAGUUCUACCGCGAUUCGUUCCGCUUCAUUGGCUUCCUCACUGGCAUUGCCGGCGUGGGUUUCCUUGCCUCGAGCGUCAACUUUGUGAAAUUGGGUAUUGCCUGGCACACGAUUGUGCUCCGCGCCUUGGAUCUCAUCACCGUCGUUGUGCCGCCAGCGCUGCCCGCUACCAUGUCGAUUGGAACGUCCUUUGCUAUUUCGCGACUGCGCAAGGCUGGCGUCUUUUGCAUCUCGCCCAACCGCGUCAACAUCGGUGGCAAGAUCAAUGUCUUUUGCUUUGACAAGACUGGCACGCUGACUGCUGACGGCCUCGACGUCCUCGGAACGCGGACCAUCGACAUAAAGGCGGAGCGCUUCAGCGAGCUUCACGAGACAGUCGACGAGAUGCCGGUAAACCAUGGCUCGUCCAAAGCCGAGACGGAGGCGAGAAAGAUGCCACUGCUGCAUGCUCUGGCCACGUGCCACAGCCUUAAGGUCGUCGACGGUGAGGUCAUUGGUGAUCCCUUGGAUGUCAAGAUGUUUGAGUACACGGGAUGGACGCUGGACGAGGGCAAGGAUGCUGCAGCGCGCGCCACAACAAAGACCGGCACGGCAAAGGACGGCAAAAGCAAGCUCACCGACCGGGCACCGGCGCUGGUACAGACAGUGGUACGGCCACCGGGCGGACAAGCUUUCGAAGUGGAGGACGCCAUGAGGCCUGGCAAGCAUGCUCAUUUCCUCGAGCUCGGCGUGCUGAGGACAUUCGAGUUCGUCUCGCAGCUCCGUCGGAUGAGUGUCAUCGUCAAGCGGCUCAAGUCGACGUCGAUGGAGGUCUUUGUCAAGGGCGCACCCGAGGUCAUGUCGGACAUUUGCGAGCCCGACUCUUUUCCAAGCGACUAUGAAGAUCUGUUGGGCUACUAUACCAAGCACGGCUACCGAGUCAUUGCCUGUGCAGGCAAAAGCAUGGCCGGCAUGAGCUGGAUCAAGGCACAGCGGAUGCGCAGAGAGCAGGCCGAGAGCGGUCUUCGCUUCCUGGGCCUGAUCAUCUUUGAAAACAAGAUCAAGGAUGGCACGGCACCAGCGAUUGCCACGCUGACCAAUGCGAACAUCAUCUGCAAGAUGGCCACGGGCGACAAUCCUCGCACGGCCAUCUCGGUCGCUCGGGAGUGCGGCAUGGUUGGGCCAAGCGCCCACGUCUUUGUGCCGACGUUUGUGUCCGGUUCGCAAAAAGAGCCGGCGGCCGUGAUCGACUGGUCAUCAGUCGACGACGAGCGAGUCAAGCUGGAUCCAUACAAGCUCAAGCCCUUCAACAUCGAUCCACACGUCUUGGACGUCGAGGAGCUCGACUUUCAAGACUAUCAGCUGGCCCUCACCGGCGAUGUCUUCCGAUGGAUGAUCGACUACGCGCCCGUCGAGACACUGAGGAGAAUGCUCAUCAAGGGCACCGUCUUCGCGAGAAUGAGCCCAGACGAAAAGCACGAACUCGUCGAACGGCUUCAGGCGCUCGGAUACACGGUCGGCAUGUGCGGCGAUGGUGCAAACGACUGCGGUGCGCUCAAGGCUGCCGAUGUUGGCAUCUCUCUCUCCGAGGCAGAGGCCAGUGUGGCCGCGCCCUUCACCUCGCGGUCGCCCGACAUUGGCUGCGUCAUCGAGGUCAUCAAGGAGGGCCGGGCCGCCCUCGUCACUUCUUUCUCCUGCUUCAAGUAUAUGGCUCUCUAUUCUUUGAUCCAAUUUGUCAGCAUUUCGCUCCUCUACAGCUUCGCCUCCUCGCUUUCAGACGGCCAGUUCCUCUACGUCGACCUCUUCUGCGUGUUGCCCGUCGCUGUGACCAUGGCCCGCACCCUGCCGUACCCGGACAUUAAUCCCAAACGGCCAACGGCAAACUUGGUCAGCAAAAAGGUCCUCAUUUCCAUGCUCGGCCAGGUCUUUGUCUGCGCUAUCGUUCAAGCAUUCGUCUUCUUCCACGUUCGCGCUCAGCCGUGGUACGUCCCGCCAGAGGUGGACCCCUCGGAGCUCAACACAUCAAAUCCGGAGAAUUCGGCCCUGUUCCUCGUCUCUUCGUUCCAAUACCUCAUUGUGGCAGCCGCCUUUAGCGCAGGUCCGCCGUACCGCCAGCCGAUGUACACCAACGUGAUGCUGAUGCUCUCGCUCUUGUCGCUCACGCUCCUCUCCGUCUACUUCCUCUUUGCGACCUCGGGCCCCAUCUUUGACAUGCUCGAGCUCGUCGAGUUCCCACGCUACUUCCACAUGAACCUGCUCGUCAUCGUCAUCGUCAAUGCGGUCCUGUGCUUCCUCUUUGAGGCUUACAUGACGCGUCCUGUCACAGUCGUCAUCAAGGGCAUCCAGCGCUUUGUGCGGAGACUUAGGCGUGGGACAAGCCACCACGACCGGUCAAAGAGGCACGACUCGAAGAUGUACAAGGCCGUCGUGGCAGAGUGGCAGAAUGAAGGCGAGGCUUGA